CAUCUGCAGAAGUACAUGUUUUUAUGUAUGCGUGUUUUAAUCCUCUAGGCCUGAGCCACCAAGUGAUGAUGACGAUGAUGAUGAUGAAGGCCUGGGUGCGAAAGACUCAGGAGCGCGCGGAGCAGAUUCUGGGCAAAGACGUCCCUGCGUCCAGCGCCUGCCAACAACAGCCAUUGUUGCAUGGCAACAUCCUGACACCCCAUAAUAUCCCCGAGUUCUUCCUGCCGCCCCGGCUUGUUCGGCAAACUCCAAAUCCAUCUCUACCCUGCACACUAACGCCUACAGAGGUUCACAGUGACCCGGCGAGGAGCCAGAGUGCUGCAGUACAGCUGUGUGGGGAGAUGAAGGUGAACGGAUAUGCAGAAGACAACAGGUGGUUGGGAAGGAAGCAGCCACCACAGACCCAGCAGCAGAAGGGGCUGAGGAGGCCAGCACACCUGUCGGUGGAGAGCCCAGCCCGCCUGUACGAGAGCCCCCACACGCGCAGGAAGGAGUCCCUGUUCCACUCGUCCAGCAGCCGACUCCGACUGGAGCAGCAGCCCACCCACACACACACCCCAGGAACGCCCCCGCCAUCGCAACCAUCAUCAUCACACACACGCCGCAUGCUCCCUCCGCGCUCCCUGACACGCUCCUGCCCCUCGCUCUGUGGCAAAUCGCCGCUUUUGCAAACCGUUACCAUCGGCGACUCUGGUUCCGAGUCCGCUCCAUCCACGCCGCCGCCAGCUGCAGCAGGAGCAGCCUCGUCACCCACAGAACCAUCAUCCACCCCUCAAGACACGCCUCCCACCACCCACCGACACCGACACCAUCCCCGUCCCCGUCCCCACCACCGGAGCCCCUCUCCCAGCCACCUGGCCCCGCCGCUCCCCUUCCCCCUGGAGCUUCUCCACUGCCAGGAGCGUCUGCACCGCGAGCACCUCCUGCUUCUGCCCACCAGGGGGCGCCUGCGCCUGGCCACCGAGCGGCCCGGCAGCAACAGCAGCAGCAGCAACAGCCUUUCCUCUCCCACCCAUCACCACCACCACCAACAGCCUCCCAUCCUGCUGCGGGUGCGGGUGGUGUCGGUAGAAGGUGUCCGUGACCCGUGCAGCACUGGCGGUGGUGGUGGUGGUGGUAGCACUGCUGGUGGUGCUAAUGCUAACACUAGCGUUGACCUUCGACCUUUCAGCUGCAGCCUGAGCCUGUGCCUGAUGCCGGGCAAGCUGCAGCAGCAGCAUAGCGCCACCAUCAGGCACUGCAGGGAACCCAUCGUCUUCAACGAGGACUUCUACUUCAGUCAGCCGGAGCCAGGGGGCCUGAGCCACAUGCAGCUGCAGAUCAAGGUAAAGGACAAGAGUGGAGGGCUGGGCAGGGUGAGUGUACUGGGGGUGAUCAGCAAACCACUGGCAGAGCUGAUGGCACUAUAA